AUGUUUCAUUUUGACCUUACAAACUUUCAACCAAUAGAAAGUUUGGGCCUGAACUCAUAUCUUUUCCAAGGGGGGUUUGAUAUCAGUUCUGAAAAUGUCCGGAUAAACUCAUUGCUGAACAAUAACCAAACUUUCCCUGUUUUUCAAUGUGGUUGCCACGAUGCAGAGGGCUAUACAUUGGUUACAGACCUGGGCGAUCCAUCCCCAUGUUUAAUCAACGGUGUCUUUCUGAAUGCUUUACUGUUGUAUUUCAUCAUUCAUGGUUCUUAUACAAUUAAACAACUAAGGAAGUCCAAGAAUAUUUCUUCAAAAGCCAAUGCAAUGUUUAUAUUUAAACUACUCCUAAUUUCUUGUCAGUUGGUCUUGCAGCUUGCUAUUUUCUACGUAACUACAAAGUCCGUUUCGGGUGAAGCAUACUAUAGUGAUAGUAUUUGGAUAUCUACAUUGGCUGCCUUAGUGGCAGUUCCAAUUGCAUUCCUUUUGUCUUAUAUCGAGUUCUUUAAGAGCUAUGUUGCUCAGACUCCAUUGAUUAUUUUCUGGCUCUUCAAUUCGAUCAUAGGCCUUUUCCGUAUUGUCAACAUCACUCUCAGAAAGCAAUCUGCCUUUGAGGUGUUUGCAGUUUCGUCAUUUGUCACCAACUCCUUACUAAUCUUAAUCCUUGAACUCUCGUUUGCACCUAAGUUGAACGUUGAUCCAUUGGAAAAGGUCAGUAUCUACGACUACUCCAAUUUUUUUUCGAGAAUUUCAUUCGCCUGGAUGACACCAUUGAUGCAGAAGGGAUAUCAAAAGUUUUUACUUCAAUCUGAUUUACCUCCUCUGCCAAAGUUUUUGAAAACAGAGGUCUUGUCCAACAGUUUGGAAGAUCAGUGGAAUGUGCAACUGAACAAAGGGAAACCAUCUCUAUUUUGGGCGCUUGCAAAAGCUUUUGGUAGGCCAUUCCUUGCAGGAGGUUGUUUCAAGGUAAUCCAGGAUUGUAUUGCCUUCACACAACCCCAGUUAUUGAAAAACUUGAUUCUUUUUGUUAACGAUUAUUAUAAUGACCCCACUACACCAAUAACUAGGGGGUUUAUGAUUGUUGCUGCCAUGUUUGGUUUGUCAGUUUUGCAGACUGCUUCCCUACAUCAAUAUUUUGAAAGAGUAUUUGACACUGGUAUCAAGGUAAAGUCUUCAUUGACAUCAUUGGUUUACCAAAAGUCUCUGAGGUUAUCCGUCGAGGCGAAAAGUGAAAAGAGUACAGGUGAUAUUGUCAAUUUGAUGUCGGUUGACACUCAAAGGUUACAAGAUUUGUGCCAGAAUUUACAGCUUAUUUGGUCGGGGCCUUUCCAAAUCAUUCUUUGUUUGACCUCGCUAUACUCAUUAGUGGGUAAUGCUAUGUGGUUUGGUGUGAUGAUUCUCUUAGUUACUAUUCCACUGAACACCCAGGUUUUUAAAAUCCAGAAGAACUUACAAAAGACCCAGAUGGUUAUUAAAGACGAAAGAACAGGUCUCAUCUCAGAAAUCUUGAAUAACAUCAAAUCCUUGAAAUUGUAUGCAUGGGAAAAUCCCUACAUGGAGAAAUUGACAUAUGUUAGGAAUGAAAAGGAAUUGAAGAAUUUGAGAAAAAUAGGUAUUUUCCAAGCCGGUAAUCAAUUCAUCUUUAACUCAACACCAUUUAUGGUCAGUUGUUCAACAUUUGCGUUGUUUAUUAUUUUGUAUCCAGGAGUUCCAUUGUCUACCGAUUUGGUCUUUACAGCAUUGGCUUUGUUCAACUUGCUAGGAUUUCCAUUAGUUACCUUACCAUGGACAAUCGGUAAUAUCAUUGAGUCUCAAGUUGCUGUCAAGAGGUUAACUGAUUUCUUAACUGCGGACGAAAUUGAAGAUGAUGCCGUUACGAGAUACCCUCCAGUUAGACAGAGUGGUGCUGAAGCUGUUAGAAUCGAAAAUGCUGAUUUCUUAUGGUCUAGAGACCCAUACAAGACUGCUUUGACAGGAGUCAACUAUAGCGCACAAAAGGGCAAACUGAAUUGUAUUUUGGGCAAAGUCGGUUCUGGUAAAUCUGCAAUAAUUCAGGCUUUGUUAGGUAGCUUACACAGAACUAAAGGAUCAGCAUCUAUUGCGGGAAGUGUUGCUUACGUUCCUCAAACUGCAUGGAUUAUGAACGGGACAAUCAAGGAUAACAUUUUAUUUGGCUGCAAGUACGAUCCCGUAUUCUAUGAAAAGACAUUAAAUGCUUGUGCUUUGCUACCUGAUCUAAAGAUUUUGGCUGAUGGUGAUGCUACCCAAGUUGGAGAAAAAGGUAUUAGUUUAUCAGGUGGACAAAAGGCAAGACUAUCGUUAGCACGUGCAGUCUACGCUAGGGCUGAUGUUUAUUUAAUGGACGAUGUUUUGAGUGCCGUUGAUGAACAUGUUGGUAAACAUAUCUCUAAGAAUGUUUUAGGUCCACAUGGUUUAUUGAAAAAUAAGUGCAGAAUAUUAGCAACUAAUAGUAUGGCUGUUCUAAAGUAUUCAGAUCAUUUGACACUGAUGUCUGGUGGUAAGAUUACCGAAGAAGGCACUUAUUAUGACAUUAUUGCACGUAAGGGAGACUCGGAGCUCUCCAAUGUUAUCAGAGAUUACGGUAGAAAAGACCAGGACGAUGACACUAUUAUCAAGUCAGCAACUGGCUCAACAGUUGUACCGGAAUCUGCUAAUCUUUCAGAAGAGAUGCAUACCAGCAGCUCUGCAACUUUACUCGAUAGUGUGAAGAACCACGAAGAGGCAGAAGAUCGUAAGGCAGAACCUGAGGAUUUUGUUGCUGGUAUCAUAGAGCAGGAGAAAAUGCAGUCUCAAUCAGGAAGAGAUGAGAAGCAUGAACAAGGUAAAGUUGAUUGGAAUGUUUAUAUCACAUAUGCAAAGGCUUGUGGUAUUGGCCAUGUGAUUAUUUUGAUUGUGUUCAUUGUAAUUGCAAUGUCCUUAUCUGUUACUUCGAAUAUUUGGUUGAAACACUGGUCCGAAAUCAAUACAGCCAUUGGAGAAAAUCCUGAUCCAUGGUACUAUUUGGGUAUUUAUUUCUUGUUCUGCAUUUCUGCCGUAUUCUUUACCAUGUUCCAAUCCUUGACCCAAUGGUUAUUAUGUUCUAUUUCUGGCUCUAAAUACUUGCAUCAAAUCAUGCUAAGCUCAGUUUUAAGAGCACCGAUGCAGUUCUUUGAGACCACGCCAAUUGGUAGAAUCCUGAACAGGUUUUCUAAUGAUAUUUACAAAAUUGAUGAAACUUUGUUUAGAGUUUUUUCAAUGUUCUUCAACAACACUAUCAAAGUCAGUUUCACUAUUUUGGUUAUUAUUUAUUCUACUUGGCAGUUUAUCUUCUUUGUUAUUCCUAUGUUUUUCAUAUACAGGUACUAUCAGAAAUACUAUCUAUACACAUCAAGAGAAUUGAAGAGAUUAGAAUCAGUUUCUAGGUCUCCUAUCUUUGCACAUUUCCAGGAAACAUUGACCGGUGUCUCGAUAAUCAAGGCUUAUGACCAAGUGAAGAGAUUUACAUUUUUGAAUCAGCAUAAGAUGGAUGUUAAUAUGAGUGCCUAUCAUCCUUCCGUGACUGCAAAUAGAUGGUUGGCUGUGAGAUUAGAGCUUUUGGGUUCAUUUAUAAUUCUUGGCUCAUCCGGUCUAUUGAUUCUAACUUUGAAGUCCGGACAUGUUACUCCAGGUUUAGUUGGUCUUUCUGUUUCUUAUGCACUACAGGUCACGCAGUCACUUAAUUGGAUUGUCAGAAUGACCGUUGACAUCGAGUCGAACAUUGUUUCGGUAGAGAGAGUUAUGGAGUAUGCAACACUACCUCAUGAAGCUCCAGCUGUUAUUGAAGAUAAAAGACCAGCAGCUAAUUGGCCAUUCAACGGUGAAAUUGAAUUUAAAAACUAUUCGACUAGGUAUAGAGAGGACCUCGAUUUAGUUCUCAAAAAUAUCAAUCUAUCGAUCAAGGAUAAGGAGAAAAUUGGUAUUGUUGGUCGGACCGGUGCAGGUAAAUCUUCAUUAACAUUGGCUAUUUUCCGUAUCAUUGAAGCGGUCGAGGGUCAUAUUGAAAUUGAUGAUGUUGACACUAGUAAAAUAGGACUUCUUGAUUUGAGGUCAAAGUUGUCCAUCAUCCCCCAGGAUUCACAGAUCUUCAAAGGCACCAUUAGAUCCAAUUUGGAUCCUGUGGAGCAGUAUUCUGAUGAAGAGCUAUGGGAUGCAUUGAAGCUGUCACACCUAGACAAACAUGUUCAACAGAUGUAUGAUGAAUAUGAUAGCAAGGAAGAAAUUGGAUUUAAUGGACUACUUGUUCCAAUUUCUGAAGGCGGUUCCAAUUUGUCUGCUGGUCAAAGGCAGUUAAUGUGUCUUGCUAGAGCAUUGGUGAAGAAGAACUGUAAAGUUUUGAUUUUGGACGAAGCAACUGCAAAUGUUGAUGUCCACACUGAUUCCAUUGUACAACAGACUAUCAGAUCUGCAUUUGCAGAUAGAACUAUUUUGACAAUUGCUCAUAGACUAAACACCAUUAUUGACAGUGACAGAAUCAUUGUUUUAGAACAGGGCAGAGUCAAGGAAUUUGACACUCCAACGAAUCUCUUGAAGAAAAAGGAUUCCCUUUUUUACUCACUCUGUAAAGAAGGUGGUUUGGUCACCAGUGACAGCCAAUGA